AUGUGCAGUUAUAAUUGCUUGGUGCAUCCGACUGAGAUCAAUGAAGAUAAUGACAUAACAGGAAUCGGAGUUUUAAUAGGAUACUGUGCAACUGCGGGCAUCGCGGUAUUCAUUAUUGUCUUCCACUACUUCUUUUCCUAUGAACCUCGGCUGGACCCUUUUCGAAACAAGCAGGAUGACCCUACAAUGUGCGUACGGCCGCGACCGAACCCAAUUGAUGAAAUGCUGCUUCGACGUCCACGGGAGCUGUUUUACAAGGCAUUUGGCACCACGAGCAAAAGGCGAAAAAAUCAUGUUCGACUCGAAAACUCGCUUGUUAAGGAAAAGUGCAUUCUCGCAAUGAGUGAUAUUCAAAUCAUUACCGGUAUUUCCAUCAUCGUCAGUGGUGCGGCGCAGCUCAAAUGCGGCAUCUCGACAUACCAGUGGCAGGUCCUGGUGUAUCUAGCCUGGUUCUCUAGCCUAACCCAUCUCUCGUGUCUGACACUUCUGCGAAACUACCUUCAUCAGCGGCCGGCAGAACGGAUCUGGAGGCUUAUCUGUAUGUUUGUACUGCUUGUGCUACUCAGCUUGGCACUUCUACCGACAGGAAAUUACAGGUGGCAGUAUGGAUAUCCCGCAACACCCACUGGUCGCCCUGCGCCUCAGGAUUACGCCAUCUGCUAUCUCAGACCAGGACAAGGCCGUGAUACAAUUCCGAAUCCGGGGUUUGCUUCGAUUGACUAUGGUCAAUCUCGCCCCGGGCGCCCGAGCUAUGGUCAUACCUUGAGUGGAAACUCCACGAUGGCUAUGUGUAUAUCCGUUGUUUUGAUGUCUGUUGGAUUCGUUUGUCGGGUGUCGAAACUGCACCAGUGUCUGUCGAACUUUCUUACUGGGUGUAUCCGCGACAGAAGCAGUCAUUUGCUACGUAAACCCCUUCGAACGAUUGAAGCCUGGGGUGGUACCCCAACCUUUCUUCAUAGUCUGCAGAGACUUCUGCUGUAUCGGCCCCUUUUGGCCCUUUUCCUCACCCUGCGUAUCCUAGUCGACACUUGGGACUCGAUGUUUUUUGAGGUGGGCUUGUCCAGCAUCGAAGUGAAUCAAAGCUUACUGAAAAUACAGGUUUGGUGGCUCAUGGUCAGUUUCAGUUGGGGCGUCCAACGUUUAUUCGGCGUUGUCGCUCUUUUUCCCGAUAAAGGGAACAUGGAAUGGAGCUUCGGUCAGGUCAUGGCCAUCACACUUCUUGCUGUUCCCUUGGUAUCUGCUUUUGAAUUUUUCUAUCCUGGUGAGCUUAUAGUGUAUAUGCGAUCCACCUCCCAAACACUUGCUGACCCAUCUCAAGAACCCAAGAGGUCAGAAGUUGAGGAAAGCCAGGGCCGACUCUGCUCUCUUUCGGUCGGCAGUAGUAACAACAGGUCUGAGAUUCCGACCGACAGCGAGCUAACCAUGCCGGACUCACGAGACUUCACCCGUCGAACCUUCAACGACCACCCUGAUUACGAGCUUUACUACGAAUCUGGCUCUCUGACCACUGCCACCAUGACGCUUAUACUCUCUAUCGUUUCCCUAUCCUUUUGGUGUCUCGUGCUAGCAUACAAGCAUAAAGGCCUGAAAGAGCUGGGGUUCUUGCAGCUUUCAUUCUAUCCUUGGGUCUUGCCGCCCUUAGUUUUCAUGUUUUGCAUUCUCUACGGUGUUCUUUUCUCCUUUUUGAUCGCCACUAUCGGAUCUGAAAAGCGACGCAAAGAUGGAAUUUCUACCUUGCUUGGCUGGUUCCUUUCUUUGGUGGCAAUCCUAUGCUUGACUGCUGCCUGUUUUAUAAUGUCUGCUUUUGGGACUUUGCAUUCCGUCGGUUGGGCUGGUUUUGCUGUGGCUGGUUUUUAUGUUCUUUGCUGUUUGUUUGCUUCAGCCUGUGGGUGGUAUACACGAGUUAAAAUUGCUGAGGUUUGA